AUGGCUGAAGAAGUAAAUACAACAAUUAUAGAAGAAAUUGAUAAUUUUGAAGAGAUAGAUUAUAUUAACAAUCCUCAACCGGUAAGAAUUGUUGAAUCUGAUGGAUUUGGAAAGUAUUUCUGUAACAAAAAAUUUUUAAAAGAAUUUUUACUUGAAUCAGAUAAUGCUGAUAAAAAGGUUGCUAUAGUUUCUGUUGCUGGAGCAUAUAGGAAAGGAAAAAGUUUUUUACUCAAUUUCUUUCUUCGUUAUUUGAAGUCUUUGAAUACUGUUGAUCUCCAAGCUGGUAGAUGGAUGGAAACAGAAGACUCGUUAAAAGGUUUUAGUUGGAGAGGUGGUAGUGAAAGAGAUACAAGUGGCAUAUUAUUUUGGUCACAACCAUUUCUUUUAAAAGACAAAAAUGGUGAAGAAAUAGUUAUUAUUUUGAUGGACACACAGGGAGCUUUUGAUACACAAAGUACUGUUAAGGAUAAUGCAACAAUUUUUGCUUUAUCAACAAUGAUUGCUGCAACACAAAUUUUUAAUAUUUCUCAAAACAUUCAAGAAGAUGAUCUUCAACAUUUACAGUUAUUUACUGAAUAUGGAAAACUUGCUCUGGAAGAAUCUUUUAGUAAACCAUUUCAACAUCUUUUAUUUUUAGUUAGGGAUUGGAGUUAUCCUUAUGAAGCUGAGUAUGGUUUUGAAGGUGGUAAAAGGGUUCUUGAAAGUCGUUUACAUAUUGAUGAAAAGCAACACCAUGAACUUAGGCAGAUACGUGAACAGAUACAUGAAUGUUUUGAGAAAAUGGAAUGUUUUUUGAUGCCUCACCCUGGUCUCAAGGUAGCUACUAAUCCAAAUUUUAAAGGUCACCUAAAUGAGAUUGAUGGUGAAUUUAAAUCAUGUUUAGAAACUUUUAUUGAACAUAUUUUUGAUUCAAAUAAUAUUAUUCCAAAAUCAAUUAAUGGAUCACAAAUAACAUGCAGAGAAUUGUAUGAAUAUUUAAUCUGUUAUACAGAAAUUUUUGGAAAUGAUACACUUCCAGAACCUAAAAGUAUGCUUGUAGCAACAGCAGAAGCUAAUAAUAGAGCUGCUGUUGAGAAAGCUAGAAUGGUAUAUGUAAAAGAAAUGGAAGAAAUUUGUGGUGGUGGUACACCAUAUAUGCAAUCUGCUGAAUUAGAAAAAGAACAUGAACGUGUUAAAAAUAGUGCAAUUGAAUGUUUUAAGAGAAUGAAAAAGAUGGGAGGUAAAGAAUUUUCUGAAGAAUAUAUUGGUUUUCUUGAAAAUGGUAUAGAAAUGCAUUGGGAAGCAUACCAAAAAGUUAAUGCAUCAAAAAAUCUUUUCAAGUCAAUGAAAACACCAACAGUUUUGGUAGCCUUGCUUAUAAUGAAUUAUGUUGGACAAGAAAUUUUCCAACUUAUUGGUAUUGAACUUUUUGCUUCUAUCUUUACAACACUUCUUUUUAUAAUAAUUAUUGUUAUAUCUGUUUGGACUUAUUCUAGAUACAGCGGAACUCUUCGUACUACUGGACAGCAAAUAGAUGAUGGUGUAUUAUAUCUUUGGGAAAAUUUUCUUUCACCUAUUUCUAAACAAGGAAUUUCUACAGCUGCGGAUAUUGCUAUCAAAAUGAAUACAACAUCUUCAGAUAAAAAAAGAAAUUAA